ACUGAUUCGAUAUCAGUUCAAAACAAGUCUUCAAUUAAUGUAUUUCGAUUGUUAAAAAAUACUUACAAUAAUUUGUCACUGCAGAAAAAUGUCCGUAAAAACAAUUAUAUUCACUGUAGCUACAUUGUGUGUAGCAGUAUGGUCUUAUCCAAUGAAUUUCGAAUAUGCAAUGGAACCAGACAGUUAUUACGAGGAGAGUCCAUACGAAUUAACCCAAGAAAAUGCAUCUCCACUUGAUGAUAUUUCGAGUUUAACUCAUCCACUAAAACAUUUACAAGAAUUAUCACGUAAUCGUAGAUCACCCUUCGGUGCAUUUGGAUCAAGAAAUAAUUUCCCAACUGGUGGUUUUUCACAAACAGCUGGAUUUGGACAAGGUCCAUUUUCUGCAUCAGUUUCACAAGAUUUUAAUCAUCGUGGUAUUGGUGGCCCACAAACAUUUAAUACUGGAGCUAAUUUUGCUAAUCCAAAUACUGGAAGUGGUGUGAAUUUUGGUUUAAGUAAAACACCAUCUUUUGGUGGAAGUGCUACCGCUGGAGGUUCAAUUAAUUUACACCAUACACCAAAUGGGAAUUUAAAUGCUGUUGGACAACAUACUCAACAUUACGAUAAAGAUUGGAAUCGUGUUGGACAAUCAAAUUUCGCUGGACUUCAAUUCCAAAAUAAGGAUACAAGUGUUGGUGUGGGUGCUACACGAAUUGAACCUGUUUUUGGGAAAGGUGAAACACAGUAUGGACUCAAUGUAGAGAAGAAAUUCUAAAUUAUUGUUUCAAAGAUUACUUAUUUAUUUCGUAAUAUAGUUUUUUUG